UUAAGGUUGACAGAGGAGAGGCAGAAAGAGAAAGAGUUGGCGAUACAGAUGUGAUAUGAAAUUGAGAAUGACAAGUGUUGAAGGAGAGAGAAGAAGGCAGGAUGUGAGAAAAGGUUGUUGAGUCGAGAAGGAAAGAAGGAGGAGGAGGAGGAGAAGGAGGAGAGCAGACAGAAGGAGUGUUAAGAGCUUAAAAAAAACAAGAUAGAAAGCAAGAAAGGCAGCAGGAGCAGCGAAGAAUGAGGAGAUGAAGAGAAGGAAAAGGGCUUGAGUGCAUUAAUUGAAACUGACAGAAGGGAAAGGAGCAGAUUGUAAGAGUGGGGAGUGUUGAAAGAGGAGGAGAGAAACACAAAAGAGGGAGUGGAGAAGAAGCUGAGGGGGAGAGAGAGAGAGAGAGGAGAGGAGCAGAUAGGAGAGGAGAGGAGAGGAGAGGCAGGAGCUGGAGAAUAAAGUGUGUGACAGAGAAAGAGAGAGGAGGAGAUAUGAGGAGGAGAGCCGAGAGAGAAGAAAGAGAAAGAAAACUUCAUUCAGCGUUUGUGUCUGAAGCCCUCUGUGACGUCGACGUGAAACCCUCUCGAGCUGCUGCUGCUGGACUGAAUGCUAUCAGGACCGAACAGGCAGCUGCCAAACCCACUGACACACACACACACACACACACACACACACACACACACACACACACACACACACCAAAGCAAGCGGAGGAGCUCCCCAGCAGUGUUGGAUAUGACUCGUUUGGUGUGGUGGACUCAGCGUGACAGUUGGGAAUAACCGGUUCCUCAUCCAGUCAGGAUGUCGGUGAAGCUACGAUUCGACUCGCCUUCAGACGGAGGUUUGGUCCACAGGAGCCGCUCCUUCACCGGUUUCAGCUCUCUGAAUGGACGACGACGGCCGUCCUCUGCUCGAAACUCUCUUCGCUCCAAAGCCAUGACGGGAGGUAAAUCUCCCAGGAUGCACCUGUCUCCCAGCAGAAGUGCAGGAUCUAUCUGGUCUCUGCAGCCGGAUCAGGUCGACAGGGUCUUCCAGGCGUUACGCAAAGGACUCAAGGAGUUUCUGGAGGGUCACCAGGCAGAGAUGGACUUCCUGUCGUCACAGCAGAGAGAGACAAAGAGAAACUCCAGACUGGCCUUUCUGUAUGAUCUGGAGAAGGAGAUGAGAGCGUUGGAGAGAUACAUACGAAGGCUCGAAUUUCAGAUCAGCAAGGUGGAGGAGCUGUAUGAGACGUAUUGUAUCCAGUGGAGGUUGUGUGAGGGAGCGGUCAACAUGAAGAGAGCCUUCUCGCUGUCCCCGUCCACCAGAGCCUCCAGAGAGAGUCUGCUGGAGCUCAAUCGCAACCACAGACACAGCCUGCAGGACAUGUCCGUUAUCGAAGGAGAGCUGGAAAUCCUCCUCGGAGCACUACACAUCAAAAUGAAAGGUCUGAUCGGCUUCGCUCGCCUCUGCCCCGGAGACCAGUACGAGGUGGUGGUGCGAUUGGGUCGCCAGCGAUGGAGGAUCAGAGGGAGGAUCGAAUCAGACGACACGCAGUCCUGGGAUGAAGAGGAGAUGAUCUUCCUCCCGCACAUACACCACAACUUUGAGAUCAAGGUGACGGAGGCGAAGGGUUUGGGUUGGCUGCUGGUCGGCAUGGUGACCUGUGCGAGCGCAGACUUCUUCGUGGUGAAGCCUCAGCUGAUGUUGGUGGACAUCACGGAGCUGGGAACCAUCAAACUCCAGCUGGAAGUCACCUGGAAUCCGUUUGACAGCACUGAGAAGAUGAGGCCGCUGUCUGUCAGCAGGCAGUCGGUGUCCAGCAGGAAGAGUUCAGUUUACAGCUGGACGGCACCGAGCACCCCCUCCUUCACCGAGAAAUACUUCAUAUCGAUGGUGCGUGAUCUGCGGGAUCCAGAAGGUUCCCUCCCGUCUCUGGUGUCUAAGAGUCGACACAACAGAGGAGGCGUGUCUCUGCUCAGCUACCUGUCCGACCCUUCGCACACCUCCAUCACGUCCAACCACAGCCCUCAAAGCCCCUACAUGCUCAGUCUCAAGCGGACUCACAGCUACCCGUUCAGCCACAGUCAAGGCACCAGUCUGGGAGGAAGCCAGACUCAGCUGUCCCUCGGGGAGGAAGAAUCCCUGGAGGUCUCUGCAGAGGACGAAAGAAAGAAAGACGGAGAGGAGUGGGGGAGCGUGUUGGAUACUCGCUCCACGCCAGCGGAGAGUAAAACUGGUUCCCUGCUGGCUCUGCAGAUGUCCAGCACUCCGGACAUCCUUAGAAAGAACACAGCUGGAGAAACGGAGCCUGAGACGCACAGUGCAGCUCUGGGACCAACCGACACUGUCAGCGUUCAGGACUCCCCAGAACUUCAGUCAUAUUCUGCCCCUGACUCACCCACACCCGCUGCUCAGCCCCCAGCUGAAACCCCUUCAUCGCCCACGCCUGCUGCACCGACCCCAUCAGGGAGGCCCGUGGUGAGCGGUGUCCAGCGCAGGACCCAGGCGCUCCGGCUGGGAGCUCUGUUCACAGAGCUGGAGAAGACAAUCCAGAACCAGAGCUGCUCUGAGAAGGAGCUGAGAGCUCUGGACCACCAGAUACUGCAUCUGGCAACCAUACUGAAGAACGACCUCUCCCUGUUGAGAAGCUCAUCCUCAGAGGAGACUCUGGCUGUGGAGGAAGUUCUGGGCAGCUUUGACUUCCUGUCACAUGACUUCAAUGCAGAUGAUGACACUUCCUGUUUGGGCAGCUUGAGACUAAAAGACAGCGGCAUCAGUUCUUUCCAGCAGAGCACUCGGAGGAGCCUCGGGCUCGUCUCUGAUAACAGCCAAUCAGCUUCUGAGGAAGAAUUGGUCGUCGCUCCUUUGACUUCUGGGAAUUGGGGUCUUGACUUGGCUCUUGAGAAUCACCUGGAUAUAUGUUGCAUCCUGCUACAGAUGACAAGAACGACCAACUUCAGCCCAUCUAGGAAGGAGCUGCUGGACGAAAUCGCCCUGCAAGCCGAAGUCCUGGACAGAGUCAGCUGUCUGCUGCUAGAGAAGAACGACAACAUCUCUGCUAGUGACAUCCUCCCGAAGGCCCAGAGGACGAGGAAUGUGCUGCUGUUCUGGGAGGAGUGUACGAACGACAGCAGCUCUCCUUUCUUUUGCCACUCGGACAGUUUAAGCAGGACGCUGAAGAAACGCUACACGCACAAGGUGAAGGCCAAGCAGCCCGGCCAAUCAGAGAAAGUGUUUUCUCAGCUCCUGCAGCAGCUCCAGGCGGCCUGUCGGGUGGUGCCCAGCCUGCGGCCGGUCUGCAGCCCGGAGAGAGUCACCCUCUUCCAGGUGUCAGUGUAUCUGAAACGCUGGAGCAUCCAGGACCUGGGAGAGCACAUCUCACGCCUCUCCAAAGAAGAGUAUGUCCUGUCGUCCAUGAGGGGCCCCAAAAGGAGGCGGGCUUUAAAUAAGAUGAGGGGGCGGUGCAUAUCGGAGCUCCUCCCACUGGGAUGCACGCUGCAGGCUCUGGCCGCCCUGCAGAUCGACUCCAACCACAAAGUGUGCAAAGCUGCCGCCAACUGUCUUGGCAGAGCUGCAGGAUGCAAAGCCUUCAGGAGCAAGGCGCUAGUUUACUACACAGAGAGCCUGAAAAGCACUGAUGUUCAGAUCCAGCAAGGCUCCUGUCUGGCUCUUAAAUGCCUCAGGGCGACAGAGAGCGUGGACCUCAUAGCAGAUUUGUGGAGAUCGUCGGAUGAAGAUCUUCGAAACGCUGCCAAAGAGACCGUCCUCUCCUUUGGUAAAAAGGGCUAUCUGGCCUUCCAGAGGAUGGACCAGCUUUACACUGAGAUGCAGGAGGAGGCUUAUCAGAACGAAGAGACCGAGAUCACCUUUCUAUAGGAGAACAAGUCUGGACCUAAAGCAGGCAGAGCGUCUCUGUUAAGAGUCUCAAUGAUCCUGACUGUCAGGAUAAGAGACAAAGCUGGAGUUGGAUAAAAGCUUACGACACAUCGCGCUUUCUGAUUUUUGUUUGAAGAAAUGCCAAAGAGACGAGCGCAGAGGGAGAUCCGAAGAUCUGGUGACUCUAGCUUUCUCUGGAUGGAUCGCUCGCUGAUGUUUCUGCUUCAUCCUGUCACCAGAGAACUUUACUGGGAUCUUAUUAUGAUGAAAUAUAAGUUUAAAGAAGGAGUUCCCCCCUUUUUUCGUUAUUUAACCUGCUAAAAUUCUUUGUGCAGCUUUAAAAUUAUUUCUGCUUUUCCUGUGUUAGGACUUUUUUUUUAUGGAAAAUGAAAGAGAAUGUAUCAUUUCACAUGUGUGUACUGCAAAUCUAAAAUAUCAUAUGAACAUUAAAGCCUGCGGGACCAAAUAAAUCCCUAAUAACAGCCCCAAACAACCUGCCUGUGAGAGUCACAUUGAAUAGAGGGACAGGAGUCUACGAAUCCACCUGUGGCAGUUUUUUUUUCCUCUGAGCUCUACUUACUUCUCUUGUGUUCAGGAGCUUUUGAACGUUUAGCAGCAGGAACAUAAAAUGGCUGCUGAAAAUGUUUCCACAAACAGGAGCUGUGACAUUCAGGGACGCCAAAGGAUUUACAGUAUAAACAACUCUGGCAGGCAGCCAAGCUGCAUUUAAGAGGGUUUUUCACUUUGCUGUGCUGAACGGGUGCUUUCUGUCAGCGAGCUGUAACAGGGUGAUAAAAAGUGUUUCCAUGUGAGAUACAUUCAUCGAUUUAGCUUUAAGGACGUGACAAUCCUGAAGCACUGCACACAGGGAACUUAUCCAAACAUGUAUGAACAGUCUAACAUCGAAUGCAUGACUCAUGUUACCAUAAGUGUGAACACUUGAUGGAUGAUCGAAUGUUUACAUUCAUUUACAUGCAAUCAAAUUAGCCCUUAUUCUCAUUAUCAGUUAGUCUGCAGAUUCUUUUCUCAGAUCAUUUUUUGUUUUGUCUAUAAAAUGUGGAGAAAAGACAAAAAAUGUAUAUCUAGGCCACGUUUUACUACAACGAGCAUUCAAAAUGCUGAUGCGUGCACGCAAGAUACAACUCAUUCCCAUGUUUAUUAAUUUAUGGAGAGAAAAAAAACAUUUUGUGGCCACGUUUUAAUACAUCGAGCAUCUGAAAGGUUAGUGUGCAUACGAGAUACAUUUUGUGCAAUGCAUCUACUUCAGGUAUUAUGCGAGGCUCGUGCUGGGCACAUAUUCUUUGAGCUACCAAGGCCACCAACUGUACACUGAGGACUAAAACUAUCAAAUCAGCUGUAACCUGGCAUCGAUUUCUUCACCAUAAAGAAGCUUCUGUUGAAUGCAUACAGCACAGUACAGCACGUCUUACGUAAAGGUCCAUGUAACCUAAACAUCUCUCUCAACAAAUUGCAUCUUGUGCGCAUGCAAUAGCAUUUUGGGAAGUGGGUGUAGUAAAACAUGGCUUAUAUAUAGUUUUAAUUCUCACUCCAGGCUUUUAUAACAACAUUUUAAAAUGUGUUGUUUUAUAAACAGGCCAAAACCCAAAGAUAUCCAGUUUGACUCAAACCCUUUCUCUUCACAGGUCACCUACAACUCUUCUCCAUCGCCCUUCGGUCCUGAUCCACCUUUUUGUUGCCUUGUUUUCUUGCCCACAGACUCCUCACAUCUCUAGCCAUGUAUAUGAAAUUAAGUCUACCCCUUAAAUGAUCACAUUUAAGGAGCUGGAAGCAGCAAGUGGUCAGAUACAAACAUUUAAGUGAGAGAACGGGUCUGUGACAUUGUAAUCCAGCUAGUUUGAUGGCAUAUUCAUUAAUAUGUAUGAAAUUAACUGAGUUAACGCUGAAGAUCUAUGAAGCAUCAAGCAUUCAUCCUGCAUUAAAUCAUGAGUCGUGCAUCAGUUUCCUCGUCUCCUUUGACGAUGUGUCCCAGGUUUCUCUCAUUGUUGAAGGCAGCGGGGUCAGUCUGUAUGGACCCAGCUUUGUAUCAUCAUGAGACACAGGCAGGUGCUGUCCUCUGCUGGCUGUCUAAGCCAACUGAAGUUUGGGAAGGGCCCUGACCUGAGGAUGUUUUCACUUAACCACAGAGUAGAUUUGGCUGUGGGUAAACUGACCUGGGACCCCUCUGACGGGGAUAUUUAAGGAAUGUUUGGAGGGUCAGUGAAUGGCAUGGGAAGAAGUCUGAUUUUCCUCCAGCCUCGAUCAACUCUGCAUCGUGUUUGGAAAGCUUCUGGUGUAAGAAAUGUGCCAGGGAAUUAUCAAAUUAUAUCACGUUCCUCUCACGAUAUAAAGAAGGGAAUCAACAUUCUCAGAAUACCAAAGCUUGACUCAAUUCAGCCACACCGCCAAAAUCUCACAGUGGAUGCCAAAAUGUAAAACAGCACAGGGAGGACACGGUUUGUCCUUUUUUUUUAUUGUUGUUUCAGAUCAUGAGUCAGAUCAGCUCCUAAAACCAAACUUUGAAAAUAUUCAGGGCAUAAACAAGAAGCACAGUUGGGUUUUAACUCUGCGUGGUUUGUUUUGGUCGACCUCAUGCAGGACCGGAUAGUUUGGAGAUUUGUAAAGACAAUAACUUUGUUUGUAUGGAUGUAGAAUAUAUUUGACUAAGUAUACCUCCCAGCACUGACGGCUGAACACCAGUUUUCUGUUUGUCUUUAGUGAUAUCGGCAAACUGAUCAGCUGAGAGUCUCUGAGGCUGCAGCACUUUUUCUGUUUUAGCUGCUGUUGCAAAAAGCAGCAGGAUGUCUGAAGUCAGAAUGUUUGUCGUCAGCGUUGUUUUCAUGCAAGGAAAGAUGAUAAAAAGGUAACGGAGGAAUGUAGAGCUGACAAAGGAAAGACAGCAGGAGGGUAAAGGACGUAAAGAUGUGAGGGAUACAUGUGUGCGACAGAACUUUACGAGCUAAAUGCGAACAUGCCAACAAUGUGCGACCCACUGACAGUACAAAGAAUGGACGGCGUACCCGUGACGUCACCCACGGGUUUCUGAAGCUUUGUGUUGAAGCUCAAAGUCUGGUUGGCGGUCCUGCCUCUUCUGCCUCCGGGCUAAUCUAAAAAUGGGUAAAGACGUGGAUCUCUGUUACCAUUUGUUAUCUCGACAUAAUGACAUAAAUCAUUUGAGAAAACAAAAUUACUCAUCACAAGAAAAGAGUUAAUAAAAAUGCAUGAAUGCACGACUGCUUGGUGCUUCCGUAGUGUUUUUUGAAAUGUGUCCGUUAAGUUCAAAGUAACACACUGUGACACGUUUAGGCCUCUGGACUUAUUUCUUAACUUUUGCACUUUGAAUCGAGACUUAGAUUUCUGACGUCGUACCACCUGGUUUGAACAAAUAUCGUAGCUGGAUGUAUUUUGCUUACAGAAAAUGUGUAUUAUCGAGACUUUAUAGUGCAUUUAAUACUUAAAAAAUAAAGGAAGCGUUUCACUUUUGUGAAAAAAGGACACUCACCAUGGCUGCUGUGCUCUUUUCAGGCUUUUUUUAAGCCUUUUUAUUUUUGACAGUAACAGCUUGAGACUGAGCAGCGAGGGGGGAAAGAAAGAGAGGCGACGCCAUGCAGCGAUGAGCUAUGGGUUGGUAUCAAAUCUGACGUCAGGCUGCUUUAAUUUAAACUGCAGAGACGCUUAUUAAACCUGCUGCUUUUAUGCCUUUACAGAUUUGCAAAGACUCAUUAAAUCUUUCUAUAAAAAAUGAUGGCAUUAUAAUUUAAAGGUAUUUCUGACAUAAAGGCAGCACCCCUGAUACAUUGAACAUACAGUAGAUAAAAGAAUGAUUGGAGCAUCUGUGGCUCUAAUCAAUGAAUAUUUUUAUGGCAUAAAAAUAGUCUCUGAAUGCUUUGAAUCUGACCUGCACCCACUUGAGGUUUAUAACUAUAAGCUCACAAAAUAAGAAAUAGAAAUAGUAAAGCACGAAGUUUCUCUCGGCUCCGAGAAGCAAUAAAUCAUCGUGCUGUUUUAUAAAACACACAGGACUUUUUCAGCUGUUCCAGGAUGAAAAAUAUCAAUUAAGAGGAGGUGAAUAAUGAUGUUUAACUCUGCGGGGGAAACGGGAGCAGGUCAUUAGCUUCGCUUACACUUCAGUUGCAUCAUCUGAAACUCGCAUCCAGCUCUAGUUUUGUCUGUCUGAGCGUCAGUUUUGUUCUCACGCUGGAGUGCGACUGCUGUCACGAUGCCACACUUUCUCCAUUUAUACUUGCAGAGUUAAAUUCAAGACUUUAAAGGGCCGGUGUGCAACAUUUAGGAGGAUCUAUUGACAUAAUACUUAUAUUUGAUUUAAGGAUGGGCAUGAACACAACACUGAGCUGCACAUGUUUUAACACGUUGAGAGGAAAAACUUUAUUUAAAUUAAAACCAAAGCAAUAAUGUAGCAGUGAGCAAUGUUCAGCACUGCGACAGGAGGCCACACGCACACACACACACUCACACACCAAUAGGUACACAGUAUAAACACCUUAGCCUGUGUCUGACAGCUAAACAUAACACUUACAGCAGCGACACACGAGGAAACUUAAUGACAGCGAGAAUAUCUCCUCAACCAGCACUCUGUAUUACUCAUUGAUGCUGGAAAUACUGACGUAUGCUACGUUACCUCGUGUAUCGCCACGUUUUUACAUCAGCAUGUCAUGAGCACACACAAAAAUACACUCCUAUCGCACGUUAACACAAACUUUCUUUCACACACACUCCGACACACACACACAUCCAGAUUAUUAUACUACCCUUUGGAAACCUUCAGCAUUUUGUUUUAAUUAAUUAAAAGUCGUGUGUGAACUUGAAAAAGAAAAGAAAAAAAAUAACGGCAACCCAUGCACAAAAAAAAAGAAAAAGUUCAGAUGGUGAGUCUGGCGGUCGGUGACAUUCACUCCGAGGCAGGAGGAGGAAGAGGAGACGAGGAAGACGAGGGGGGGCAGCUGCAGAGCGUGGUCGGUAGUGACGGCGGGACAGUUUCUCAGCAUUAUCACACCCUCCUGAGGUGCGUUUGUGUG